AUGGCGUCCAUCAAUCAAUCUGGGCAGCUAUACUCGCCCACACAUGGCUACGAAUCAUCAUACAAGUUUGAUGAACCACUCGACCCGCAGAUACCUCGAGGCUACCCGGAGCAAUUCGGCCAGAUCCCUCAGACUGUGCCGCAACAUCCAGGUCCUCCCAUUCGACGCGAAUCACAACUUAGUCAAAGUGGACAGUCGCGGCCUGGAGAUGGUCCUAAGCAAAGACUGAGGAAGGCGUGCGAUAGUUGUAGUGUGCGAAAAGUCAAGUGCGAUGAGAGCGGACCGCCGUGCAAAUCAUGCGCUGCCCUCGAGAUUCCAUGUACCUUUGCACGACCAAGUCGUCGACGAGGACCUCCGAAUCGUCAUGCUGAGGCGAUCAAAAGACAGAAGCUGGAAAGCGACGGUCUGGCACAAAACACUGGGUCGCCAACUCACGAUGCGGCAUACAGUCUCGCGGCUCUGUCGCUGCCCGCCAGCCUUUCGGUCGAGUCCAUAUGCGACCUGACAUCCAUCGAAAUCCUCAUCGACGACUACUUCCUGUACAUACAUCCUCUCAUCACGCUGCCACACGAGCCGACGUUCAGAGCAGCGUUCGAAAAUCGACAGGACAAGACUGACAGAAGUUUUCUUGCGCUGAUUGCAGCAAUGCUGGAGACUCUGGUAGCCUCUUUCCCAAGACGCGCACGGAAGUUAUUUGCUUCCGAUCAAGGCAGAGCUCAAUUUCCCAACGCUGGUGCACUGAUCGACCGAUGCCACCAUGUGUACACUGAAGCACGCGGUGCAGGCUACCUCGACCGGCCACUCCAGUUGUAUGACGCUAUUGGCAGCUAUCUCGCUGGACUAGCUUCAGCUUAUGUCUACGAUAUUGGCAGGAUGCGGCUCUACUUUGGCGAGUGUGUCAUGAUGCUACGAACGCUCGGCAUUCACCGUCCAGACAUCCAUGCUCCGGUCGGAUCAGCGACUGGUGCAGACGCGGCUGUCGAGCGAAAAAGACCAGCAGACUACGUAUACCAGGAAUCUGGUCGUCGGUUGUUCUGGCUUAUGUUUGUGUCGGCGAUGUCUGGAAGACAGCUUGAUGAUCCUGAAUCAGAUCUACUCAUGCCACCGGUAGCAUAUGUGGAGCUCAUGCCGCCUCUGCCGGCAGAAGUCGAUGACCAGUACAUCACCGAAACGGCGAUCUAUCAGCAACCAGCGGACCAAGUCUCUGUCAUGGUCGGGUUCAAUCUGAAUGCUAAGAUCUUCAGAGCAUUCCAUACCUUGGCUGCACUGGAGACGGCUUUCGGAGCAGACACCGUCUACGACUGGGAACGACAGAAAGGGGUUAUCAAGAAAGCGCUUCUUAACGUGAAGGCAGCGACGGAAAAUGUCCCUCAGGAAUUGCGGCUACAACCCGCCGACAACGACUUCGGAGAAUGGCCUCCAACCUCGUAUGACGCUUCCGCAUACUCAAUCCAGGAUCAGUCCGGUGGUCAAGGCCUCCCAGCAUACCCAAGCAGCCGGCGAGGCUCUCUCGUUCUGCCAUUUCCCAAGCGUGCUGUCCAGUAUGAGAUACAGAAGGCCAACAUCUAUGCUACACAGCUGGCGACCAGGUCAUACCUCGUAGAACGAUACUGGAACUUGGUAGAAGCCCAUGAACGCAAUCAGUCCACGCCUCAUUCGGGCGAGCGAAUCCCGUCGAUCUCAUCAAACUCGUCGCCUUCGGGAGGAGACACCAAGUUCAUCUCGAAUCUUGGUAGAACCCCAAGCGACACGACUAUGGAUGCUAGCGAACAGUCGAUGGCUGUAGAGCGUGAAGAUAUCAUUAGAGAUCUAGCUCGUCUGUUGAAGAGCAUCAAUCAGGUUAACAUGGAGCCAAAUGGUCUAAGUCUGUGUAACAAGAUUCGGCAGAUCGCGUCAACCCUACUGGAGAACAAGCGAGCCACAAUGAGCGUCAUGCCAACCCUAGACUCCGAAAGCGUCAACAGGUAUCUCUUCGCCUUCUUGGAGAUCCUGGCACGACUCAACCGACUCGGCCCUAGUAGACUUCGUCCGGAAGAGCCUUCAGGGCAGUAUGGCGUUGGCAAGAGUGCUGAAGAAAUUGAAGAGGAGGAGCUGGUUCAUUGGGCUAGUCUCAAGGAACAUCAGGAGCGGUUCGUCAAUUCAGAGGAGAUCUUGAUUGGUGCUUAG